CAACAAUAAAUCUUCCAUGUGUUUUCUCUUACUGCCUUACUCUGGACAACUGUGGCCAUGGUUUCAAGAAUGUCCGGAUUCCUUUGUAUGCUUGUCAUACUCCUAACAAUAUGCCAAUCCUAUGCCCAACCAAGUUUCUUAUACCAUUUCUGUAUGAAUGACAAGGGUAAUUACACUGCCAACGGCACCUACCACAACAAUCUCUUUACCCUUUUGUCCAACCUCUCUUCAAACACAGAUAUUGACUAUGGCUUCUACAACUUUUCGCUUGGCCAAGAUACUGACACAGUAAACGCAAUUGGGCUGUGCAGAGGAGAUGUUAAGUCAGACGCUUGCCGUAGAUGCUUGAAUGAUUCAAAAGUCCUUCUCCAGCAGCGGUGUCCAAAUCAGAAGGAGGCAAUUGGUUGGUAUGACAAUUGCAUGUUACGCUAUUCCAACCGCUCACUGUUCAACACCAUGGAAACCACACCUAGUUUCUAUAUGUGGAACCCUGGAAAUGCAACAGACUUUGAUCAAUUCAAUCAAGCGUUGAGGAACUUGCUAGACAACCUCGUAGGCCAUGCUACACUAGGGGACUCCAAGCGUAAGGUUGCUGCUGCAAAUGUUUCAGGACCAGCCUUUCAGAAUAUAUUUGCUCUUGUGCAGUGUACACCUGACUUGUCAGAACGAGAUUGCACCGAAUGCUUGAGUGGGGUUAUCGCAGAAAUUCCACGAUGUUGUGAUGGCAAGCAAGGUGGUAGAAUUGUAAGGCCUAGUUGUAACUUCAGAUAUGAGACAUACAGCUUCUUUGAUCCUACCAAUGUUGAAAUACCAGCAGCACCGGCACCGGCACCAGCACCAAAUGUGUCUGCUCUUCCUCCUCCUCCGAUAGAUACCUUGUCUACAGAAGGAAAGAGCAACACUUCUCUAACUGUAAUAGCAAUAGUUGUGCCAAUAGCCUUUGUCAUACUAGUAAUUCUUAUGUGCGUCUGUUUGAGAACGAGGAAGUCACGGAAACAGAUUGAAGUUCAAGCUGAAAAUCAUGAUGAAAUCACAUCAAUAGAGACAUUGCAAUUGGACUUAUCCACUAUCAUGACGGCUACAAACAACUUUUCUGAUGCAAAUAGGCUAGGAGAAGGAGGAUUUGGACCUGUUUACAAGGGUAAGCUCUCCAAUGGUCAGGAUGUUGCAGUCAAAAGGUUGUCCAAGAACUCCCUCCAAGGAGAAAUUGAGUUUAAGAGUGAGGUGAUGUUAGUGGCAAAACUUCAGCACCGAAAUUUAGUUAAGCUGAUAGGAUAUUGCUUGGAAAGAAGAGAAAGGCUAUUGGUGUAUGAAUAUGUUCCCAACAAAAGCCUCGAUUUCUUCAUAUUUGAUGAAGUUGGGCGGGCACAAUUGGAUUGGGAAAAGCGACACAAAAUCAUAACAGGCAUAGCUAGAGGUCUUCUUUAUCUUCACGAGGAUUCACGUUUGACGAUCAUUCACCGUGAUCUCAAAGCAAGUAACAUUCUUUUAGAUGCCGAGAUGCAUCCAAAGAUAUCAGAUUUUGGCAUGGCAAGAUUAUUUGAAGUGGAUCAAACUCAGGACAAUACUAGUAGAAUUGUUGGAACCUAUGGAUAUAUGGCACCAGAGUAUGUCUUCUAUGGACAAUUCUCAGUGAAAUCUGAUGUUUAUAGUUUUGGCAUAUUGGUUCUUGAGAUUGUAAGUGGCCAGAAAAACAGUUGGGUACAAAGAGGAGAGAAUGAAGGGGAUCUUCUAACCUAUAUAUGGCAAAACUGGAGGGAAGGGACAGUGUUAAACACUAUUGAUCCAACAAUUGCGGACAGUUCGAUAAAUGAAAUAGUGAGAUUUAUCCACAUUGCAUUGCUUUGUGUUCAGGAAAAAGUGGGUGAUAGACCAACCAUGGCCUCUAUUGUGCUCAUGCUUAGCAGUCACUCUGUUUCGCUUCCAUUGCCCUCUCAGCCUGCUUUCUCCGUCGUAAGCAGAAAUUUCUCAGUCAUUCCAUCAGAAGAUUAUGAUCCAGAGGCAAGUGUAAACUAAAUCAAAGGCUCAAUCUGUCAAGUCCAGUUAGCCAUUUCUUUCUUUUUAACUGUAACCAUAAUACGUUAUCUAUAAGAUUCUCUUUUUCUAAUACUAGCUUAUCUUAUCUGCUUCGUAUAAGAAAAUCAAAUAAAAUUGGG